AUGUCUGUCGCCUUGCCUGUCUACGGCCUAUCUCCAGCCCCCUCCUACGCCUCAUUACCGCGCUCUGGGCACUCAACCGUUGAAUUUACCCCACGCGCUGGCCGACCUGACGCUGCAACUGGGACUUUGACAAAAAAGUGGCGGGAGUUGACCGUGAUAUUCAAGAACCAGAACGAAGAUGAAGAUGACCCAAUUUCGGUGCCCUCAUAUGGUCGUAACGCAACCGUCUGUGGGGAGAUUGGUAUCGAGAAUCCAGAGAAUGUUAUUACGGUCACGAUGAAGCUGGAGGGCAAUGUUCACUUAUCAUCCACCGACACUGGUUCGUUCACUCAACGGGUGGUGGACGAACGACGAACUCUUUUCGAUGCUGAGAAAAGCAGUGGACGACCGUGCCCCAGCGUCUUGGGAUUUGCGGUUCCUCUUCCGAUGACCUACAAGGAACAGGGCCGCGUCUAUCGCACACCUCCCUCUUACGAGACUAUUUGUCUCGGUAGUCCUCUCAUCGUCGUCAAAUGCACUUAUAGGUUUUCGAUCAAAGUGACGAGAGUCGCUACAUGGCGAUUGUCCUUGAGAAAGAGCUCUACCAACACUUUUACUACGCCAAUUAUCUUCCGGCCUCGGACUCGUCCUGCUCGCCCACUCAUUACAGAGCCAUCAUUUAUGUCCUCAUUAAAGGUUGCGCCAGCCGAAUGGCAUCAGACAUUGAUCACUAUACCCACACGACCGCGAGAAACGAUUGAGCCGGUGAAGCCAAUCACUUGUCAUUUUGUUAUACCCUCAGUUCAGACAUUCUGCCUGGCUGAAUCGAUACCCUUCCACAUCCAACUAUGUGGCUCCCCGACAUCGCUUGGACUGUUUUACGGCUCCAUCACUCCAGAAUCGCUUCAGGUGGGCAAGAAGCCUCGUAAACGGUUUUAUUCCGCCGUCGUCCGUGUGUUUUUGGCUCGGCAGAUUUAUCUGGAUGCUGUAAACGGACGACAGUCAUGGCGGACCAUCACCAUUGGAGAAGCAAAUGUCCGCGCGGUCGUUCCUUCUUUCCUUGAGGCACAAUGCGACUCUGACCCGUCAGAAAUAUCGUUGAAUUGGGAUGGAGAGGUCCAAUGCAAGAAAGACAUCACUUGCGCCAGCUUUAACUGCGCUCAUCUGGUGGUCAAGGAUUUCAUCAUUGUGGCCCUGACUCCCGCUAAUGUUCGAGCAUCACCGCUGUUACCCAUUCAACACGCUCAUAGUAUUCGACUGGUGACGGACGGAUGGACUGACAACGAGGCACACCCUGAAGACCGCUGA